AUUCAUUUGCUCUGGAUUUAACAGCCACAUCUCAACGUCGAUCCAAAUUAUGCCUUGGCAGCAUUGCGCUAAGGUUAUACCUUUUGACAGGCAAAUAGUUAGGAUGAUUGUUAAAAAGUUACAGAUUUCAUUUUGUGUCACUUUGGAUACAAAUUAAGUGUUGCAGUGCAUAUUGUUGCUUACAUACUUACUGAAAUAAGUUUAUUGAAAAUGGCUGCAAAAUUAGAAGAAGAUCUUUUCGAACAAACAGGGCAGUACGAACCUCUUACGACUCGUCUACGUAAUAUACUCCGUGAAUACAAAGAUGGCGUCGGUAUUUUGAAAGAAUUGAUUCAAAAUGCAGACGAUGCUAAAGCUGGUAAAGUCAAGUUCUUGAUGGACUGGAGACAAGGAAGAACAGGGAGUCUUUUCUCCCCAGGCAUGGCCGAAUGCCAAGGACCAGCAUUGUGGGCCUACAACGAUGCUGUGUUCACUGACGAUGAUUUCGAAAACAUCAACAAGCUUGCAGGAGAAACGAAAGUCGAGAAUAUUUCAAAGAUUGGUAGGUUUGGUCUUGGUUUCAACGCCGUCUAUCACCUCACAGACGUUCCAAGUUUCAUCAGCCGAGAACACUUGGUGGUAUUUGAUCCGAACACUCACCAUUUACAGCGUCACAUUAAGGACAGAUCCCGUCCUGGAAUUCGCAUCAAUCUUUCCGAGAAACCAGAGUCCCUAACACGUUACCAGGAUCAGUUUCAGCCAUACAAUGGCGUCUUUGGUUGCAACACAACGGAAACACGUGAAGAAUUCUACUACGACGAAACAUUAUUCCGUUUCCCUUUCCGCACGGCCGCCCAAGCAAGAACCAGUGAUAUCAGCAAAACCUCUUAUGGUCGAGACAAGAUUCAAGCUAUUGUUCGUAGCAUUUGUGAAUGCGCCUCGAAUCUUUUAAUCUUCUCCCAACAUGUAAAAGAGGUAGAAAUCUUUAAAUUGGAUGGAUCAGACGAACCGGACGAAAUGCGAUUGGUGCUCUCUGUGAAGAAACCAAGUGUUAAGGUUGUCAGUCAGGAAGGCGUGAAAAGCAAAAAACCGUUUAUCAAACAGUGUUCCAAAUGGUGGAAAAAAUACCGUGAAUCUCAAAAGUCCUGUAGUGAAUUCCCAUCAAGUUGUGAACUUGUUAACAUUGUUACUACAAAGGAGCAAUCGGAAUUAAGCCGAUGUGAACGUCGAUACAGAAGUGAUCAAACUUGGCUUGUAGUUUCAACAAGUGGGACUAACGAUUGCCUCAAAAUUGCUCGCUCACAAGAAGGGAAAGCUUGUGGUUUCUUGCCCUGUGGUGGGGCAGCGUUCGUCGUUUCUUCUAAUCAGAAUUCCAACUCAGAUCUUUCUGGAGAACUGUUCUGUUUUCUCCCAUUGUCUAUUACGACUGGGCUUCCUGUCCAUGUCAACGGCUUUUUUGCCAUGAUGUCUAAUCGCGUUGAAAUUUGGAAACGAUCGACUACGGGAAACCAACCAGUUGAGGUGAAGUGGAACGAAGCACUGAUGGAGGAUGCAUUAGCCAGAGCUUAUAUCAUGCUUCUUGAAAACUUGAAAGAUUGGAUCGGUAAGAUUAAGGACUACGAAUUUUACAGUCUGUGGCCAAGCAGUGACACCGUUGAUAUGAAAUCUUGGGCGAAGCUAGUUCAGAAAAUCUGCAGUGUAUUGUUGGAUCCAAACACCAAGUUAUUUUACAGCGAUGGACAUUGGAUGAGUAUCGACGACGGUCUCAUAUUGAGCGAUGAUUUUACAGGAAUCUACAAGACAGCAGUGAAAGUAUUAACAUCACUAGGGAUACAUGUUAUAUACCUACCCCCUAAGAUAUUCAAGACUCUAGCGAAAUUCGACCAAGGUGGCAUCCUCGAACGACGUACUUUGUCGUUCACCCAGUUUAUGAAGUCCUACUUUUUUGCAAACAUCAGAACGCUCUCUCGUUCCCGAAGAGAUGCUAUCGUUUGCUUCGGUUUGGAUCGAAUUAUGAAAGAAGAUGAACCACUUUCCAGCCACUGUCUCCACGAAAUUGACCUUUUCAAAGCAAAUACCUGUAUUUCUGUAUCACAAAAGGAAGAAACCCUCUCGAGGGGGUUGUUUUCCGAGCAAGAUCACCGUUUUCCAGUUGGACAUGGCCUGCGUACUGAAAACAGAUUGUAUGUUUUAGAAUCACUUGGUAUGGUGAAGGAUCUUGAUUGGGCCGGAAUCCACGAAAGAGCUCAGUCAGUUGCCAAAACUAGAGAUCUCGAACGGUGUCGAAAGUUAAUAAUCUACAUUAACAAGCGAAUAGAUGAACUACCGUUAGAUCUACAUCGAAGUCUUCUUCAACAUGUAAAGUUUUUGCCUGUGUCGAACAAACCAGUUGAAACAUAUCUUUUACCUUGGAAAGGAUCAAUAACUUGGCCUUCACUACAGCUUUCUUCGUCAAGCGAAAUUUUCCUACCGAAGGAUGCCAAGCUUGUCGGAUCGUCCUGUCUUAUUGUAAACACAUCUAAGAAAAGCGGUUGUGGGAAGCUGAGUGAACAAGUGAAAAAGCUCCUGGGAUUUUCAAGCCGUCGUCCCGAAGAUAAGUUUGUUAUUCAACAGUUAGACGAAGCAAUUAAAUUUUGGAGCCGGUUAACUGAAAAUGGGAAAAAAGAGCCGGGAGUAAAGCUCGCAAUUGAGUCAAUCUGCCAGAAAAUAUACGAAUUCUUUAAUCAUAAGAUCGUAGAAAGUUCUCUGAGCGAGCUAAGUAAACGAAAUUGCUUGUUUCUUCAAGGCAAGUUUGUGCGAAGCAAUAAAGUAGCUUAUACGUCCAAAGUGAACGGAGCUCCAUUUUUAUUCAGCUUACCAUCUGACUACAAAAGAGACUAUCGCAUUCUUUUUGAAAAGAUGCAAAUCAAAGACACAUUUGAUGAUGAAGAUUACAUCAGCGCCCUUUACGAACUAGAAAACACGAAACGUGGAAGUGCUCUGAGUGGCGAUGAAUUACAAACUGCAAUAUUUUUUAUCGGUCAAAUAGAUGUGCAAAAUCCCGCCGUGAAGGAUUACAUUGGCGAGAUUCCACUUCCGGACACAGAUAGCAUCCUCCGACGAAGCAAAGAUGUCGUGGUCAAUCUGAGCUUAUGGCUUGAACAUCCUGAGAAAACGUUGAAAGUUCACGAGAAGGUACCACCACACAAGGCACAUGAUCUUGGUGCCAAAUCCUUGAAGAAGGUAAUUUUGAAGAAGUAUUCACGUCGUAUUGGCUACGGAGAGUCAUUCGGGCAACACGAGGAGUUAACUGAACGACUAAAAGGAAUUCUGGAUGGAUAUCCGGCUGAUGGAAUACUAAAGGAACUUGUACAAAACGCUGAUGAUGCUCAAGCCUCGGAGAUACACUUCAUACACGAUACUCGACGUCUGAAAUGUCAAAAGGUCGUGGUUGAAGGAGAGACGUCUGCGGAAGUGCAAGGACCAGCACUUUGUGUGUACAAUGACAGACCAUUUACAGACAAAGACCUGGAGGGAAUUAAGAAUCUUGGUAUUGGAAGCAAGCGAGAUACUCCAGGAAUGACAGGAAAAUAUGGAAUUGGUUUCAAUUCGGUUUACCAUCUUACCGACUGUCCCAGCUUUUUAUCCAACGACGACACUCUUGUGUUUCUCGAUCCUCAUUCCCGAUAUUUUGAUGAUGAUGAUCGUGGCCAAAUAUUCAAAGCCAUAGAUGCUAGAUUUCGAGAUCUCAACUCGGAUACACUCGAUGGAUAUCUUCCUGGUAAAUUUAUUUUAAAAGGCUCUACUAUGUUCCGCUUUCCCCUGAGACAAGAAAGAAAUGAAUCGAAGAUAUCCAACUGUUCUCCUGAUGUGGAAAAUCUUUUUCAGACCAUGGGAGAGGACGCACGGAAGUCAUUGUUAUUUCUUAAUAAUAUCAAGAAAAUAACAUUAUCAAAGAUUCAUCUAAAUGGCAGAAUGGAAGAAAUAUUUUGUGUUAAGUCUGUGAUCACUCCGGAGGAUGAGAGAAAGCGUAGAGAACUGGGACGGAAGGCUUGCGAUCUCAAAAACAUUCCAACCGCCGAAAUCGGAUGGGAGGGAGUCAACUACACCCUAAAAAUCUACGAAGACAAGAAGAAAGUCGAGAAAUGGUUGGUACAAAGGUGCAUUGGAUCGAUCGUUUCAAACUCUUCUCUAAUACAGAAUGGUGAAAUCCCGGACGGACGUAAUCUGGGUCUUCUUCCACGUGGCGGUAUUGCAGCUCGACUAUGGAAUCGUUCCUCGUUUGUUCAAAAACAAUCGGAGGUUCGUGGUAUUGUAUACUGUUUCUUGCCUCUCCCACAGAAUUACACAAAUCUUCCUGUUCACGUCAACGGUCAUUUUGCGUUGGAUAGUACAAGACGAGGACUUUGGACAGACACUAAUGAUAAAGGCAUAAAAUGUGAAUGGAACAACUUUAUGAAAACCUCUGUAUUACCACGUGCCUACGCUGAUUUGAUCAUUGAGGCUCGUAAGCACCUGUGCGACAGUGACGACCAACUUUCACGUUACCAUAGUUUCUUUCCAAGAAUUUUUAAAGAUAGUGCCUGGGCACCUCUUGCCAUUGCAUUGUAUCGGCAUCUUGGCCAGACAAGAGCUAGCGUGCUGCCAUUGCUGGUUCCAACCAAAUCAGAAGACAAGGGGACUACUGAACUUGGUGGGUCUAACUACACCUCGAACAGCGCUAUUACUAACAAAACCUUACCUGCGCGUUUCAAUCGCCCCGAAUGGCUUCCUGCUGACCAAGCCUAUUUCACCAGUUCACCAGUUGAUGAAAAUACUGAUUUUCUGCAUCUGCUAUUGCGAAUUGGUCUCCCUGUGUUGCUUCAAACUCCGUAUCGAAUAUACGAUGGAUUCAGAUUUGGUGGUGUGACUUCGAACGAAGUAAGUCCAAACAGCGUAAUUGGUUUUUUAAAAGAAUUCAAUUCGACAGGAUCUUCUUGCAAGAUUGGAAAUCUUCCGAAAAAGCUGCAAGCCACUGUAGUCAAAAGUGUUUCAGACUUGUUACUCUUAAUAAAAUAUUGUCGCGCUGAAGAAAAUUUCGGCAAACAGUUGAAAGGCUUACCUUUGCUAUUAACACAUGAUGGCUACCUGAGAAUCUUUGAGUCAUGUCAUCCAGUGUUCCGUUCUACAUUCGGGGAUCUCAUUCCAACGCGGUCUGAAUUGUUUAUUCAUUCUGAAAUUGUCCAUCAAAUCCCAUCAGAUUCUACCGAAUCGGAGGAAGAUAUUGUUCGGAGUUUUACCGAAAAAGAUCUCGCACAAUUACUACCGCACGUGUUCACAGGCAAAAUGUCUUUGAAGGCAAUCAAUUGUCGAACAUGGACGUUCCCAACUAAAGGAAUCUUGUCAGAACAUUGGUUUAGACGACUAUGGAAAUUUCUACAAAAUUACGCCAACCCUGAGUCCUGUAAAGAUUACGUCCCUCUAAAUUGUCUCUUGAAAUGGCCAAUUAUUCCCACAACAGGUGGAAAACUUGUGACUAUUCGGAAUGCAAAAUCCAUUUUGGAUAUGACAGCCUUGGGAAAUGAAUCUGCUCAACAAGAAAAAGUUCGCCAGUUCUUGAUGAAACUGAAAUGUCCAGUACUAAACAAAGAGAUCACUUUUCAACAACAUUCGAAAAACGUUUGUGCUAUAACAGAUUCUUAUGUUGGCCACCCUUACAACGCGAGCGAUGUCUUAAUCGUUCUUUGCGACAUGUUGAGGACAAACGAGCUCAGCAUCUCUAAGGUUUCCAAAACUGACAUUCGUGGCUUUCUUCGGUUUGUGCAAGAUGACUAUGAUAGGUUAGAGGAUUUAGAGCAAUGCAAACGAAUGAUAAAGGAAUUACCGUUUCAUAAAGCAUUGGACGGACAGUUCGUUAGUUUGAUCGGUAGCUAUUCUUCUUAUGCUCUUGUUCCGUCUGGCGUUCCAGUGCAACAGUUAAAUGAGCUUCAAAGUCGAGCUGAAUGUCUUUUUUUGAACUCCGACGUAUUAUUCACCCUGGAGAGACUCUACAUCGAUCUUGGCGUCAGAGGUGGUCAAAAUGUCACACAAUUUUACGUGGAGUAUGUCUUCAGAUAUUUCAAGAUUUUCACCAGAGAAAGUCAAUUGGAACAUUUACGUUAUAUAAAGGACAACGUCUUUCCUUCAUUUCCACAAGGUGGGUCAUCUGCGAGGGAUGAUUUGCUAAAGAGUAUGAAAGAAAAUCCUUGUAUUCCUGACGAGAAUGGCCGCCUGCAUCUCGUAGCUAACUUCUUCGACCCCAAGAACGAGCUGUUCAAAGUAAUGUUUGUAGAUGAUCUUAAGAAAUUUCCUCCGCCACCGUUCAAUGAUGAAAAUUGGUUACAACUACUUCGCGAAAUCGGAUUGAAAGUUGCGGUCACACCUCAGCUAUUCUUGCAAUUUUGUACGACAGUAGCUGAAUAUGGCAGGCGUUCUCCUAUCAACGAGGAAACCUGCAUUCAAUCCAGAGAACUGGUAAAGUGUCUUUUUACGAAGAGACCCUUGCAAAAAGAGGCAUUUCUUUCUGAAGUUUCGCAAAUCAAGUUCAUCGCUUCAGCUGUGGUAGAAGAUGAAUUAGCCUUAAUUCACGAGCAGUACCAACGUCCACAAAACAGCUAUCCACCUUUCAUUGCGUUCCGUGAUGCAGUUCCGUGGGAUCACAGACUCAUAUCAUGGACUACUGUUCCACUUCUUCCAGACUGGGCCCAACCAAACAAUAUCACAAAGCUUAACAACCUUGGUAUUGCUUAUUCUGGACCAGAAUAUAUCAAAGUACUCAAUCAUCUGCAAAACAUAGUCAACUCACCUUCCCUCGAAUCAGUCGAUGGUGAACAUUGUGAACAGUUAAAAGAAAUCACUAAGCUGAUUUACCGGUUCCUCUCUGGUACCAUGGAAUGCUGUGGUCAUAACCCAGAUGGCAGAUGCACUGAAGUUUGUUUAGAUAUUGGCAAUCGCCUGAGAGGUAGUUCAUGCAUAUUUCUACAGAAAGAUAAAACCUUUGUGAAUGCAGAACUAUUGGUGUUCAAAGCUUCUGAAUCAUUCCGUUUGAAACCAUUCCUUUUUCCCGUGCCAGAUGAAUUAAGAGAAUUUCAGCAUUUUUUUAAACGACUCGGUGCAACAGAUAGGCCAACACCGCAGCAAAUUGCCUACGUUUUAAGAUCCGUCCACACACAGAUCGGAGAAGGGGUUCUCUCUUCUGACCAGAAGAAAAAAGUCGUUUAUUCGAUGUAUCAAGUUUUUCAUUUAAUACAAAAAGGUGCAAGUCCUGAUGGAAUUGAAGAGUUAUAUUUGCCAAGUGAAAGCGGACAACUUCUCAAAUCAUCUGAAAUGAUUUGCAAAGUUUCACCACGUUUUACGGAAGUGAUUAAGAACCUUCAAUUGCCUAUUCUUUUGCAAUUUGAAGAGUGUGGCCUUAAAAAGCCCGCUGAUAGUUAUAUCGAUGCAUUACCAAAGCAUUUAACUCCGAUUAAAUUUGAUGAUGUAGUCAGGGAGGAAGUCGCUUCUGAGUGCAAAAGUUCCAAAUGUUCCGAAGCUCGAAGUGGUGCUGUAUGCCGUUUCCAAGAACAAUUUCAGGAUCUUUUGCGAUCCGAUGAAUUCCAAGAAGGACUCAAACGGUUACUAGUCCACAAUCAACAGAAUCCACAGGAAUUUGAAAAAAUCUUGAAGAGACUGCAAACGAAUGUUACGAUGAAGUGUAUUGGAUUUGAAAAAAUCAGAGUCAAUGUGAUCGAACGUGGUACGAGUCUUCUAUUGGAUAAUUUAGAGAAGAGUUGCUAUGCAGUACAAGAAGACGGUGAUUGGUCAUUGUACAUGCAACACGACUUAGCUGACGAUGGAGGAAAGGUUUCAACUGCUGCCUGUGUUAAUAAGAUUCUAGAAGGUUGCAUUAAAAAGGAAAAUGGGCUGACCGCAAUGCUCAACUGCAAAUCAGCAGGUGAAAUUUCAGUGUCGUUGAAUAACCUUGAUAUCACUCAAAGUACCUCCAGAAGUGCCGAUGAUUUCACUGAAGAUGAAAUGGAUUCCGAGAGUGAUGGUGAACAUGGGGACGGAGGAGAUGGAGGGGGAUUCAGUGGAGCCGAAGGGGAUGGUAUCGGUAGAACGUCUUAUAGGCGGGGUAAAAAGCGCACUGCUCAGUCUCAUGGUGGAUAUAGCAUUGGUCCUAGUCAUGGUUAUGGAGAUGGUGAAUACUCAAGCUUCAGAGAUGAUACCGAAGACGAGAAAAUUUUUCCGAAGGAUUCCAGAGAAGCAAUGCGAUGGCUGCGACAAUCCAGGAGUGAUUUGAAUAGUGCAAGGUGGUUACUCAAAUCCGGUCCUCCUUACAAUGCCCAUGCAUGUUUCCAGAGCCAUCAAGUUGUGGAGAAAUCCUUAAAAGCUUUGUUAUUUCAUCAUUGUGGCAUCUCUGGUAGUUUGCUCUCCUCCCACGAUGUAGUUAGAUUAGCAAGCAAAUUCACAGAAGAAACAGGAUUGGAUGGGACUGCCACGAAAUCAGUGACACGAUUCGUCAAAUAUUACUUGAAUACUCGUUAUCCCAAUCGCCAGCCGUUUGAUAUCGUCCCAUGCGAUGCUUUUAGCGACGAUGAAGCAAAGACGGCCGUUGAAGAAGCAUCUAAACUGUUCGACUUUGCUGCGAAGGAAUUGAAUGACCAGUGGCUAGAAACGAGAAUGGUUUCGCCUCUGACAUUUUAGCGA